GGUGGAUGGACGCACUGGUCCAUGGGCAGUGGAGCGAGCAAGACGUCGUCGGUGAUUGCAGCGCCGACCGACAUCAAAUCUCGCAGUACCCCACGGCUCCUCUCCGUCAAUGUCAGCGACGACCACAUGCAGCGGGCCAACAGCACGUCGCUCAAGAGCCCCAAGGUGACCAGCCGCAGUCCGAGUGGCGCCAAGACACCGCUGCACCACAAGUCGCCGACGGCAAAAGAGAAAAAGGACAGCGGCGACGACGAGUACGCCAACGAAGACUUCGAACCCGACACAUCCGACGACCCCACAGCUUUUCCGUGGAAGCGCGGCGAGCUCCUUGGCACAGGCAGCUUUGGCUCGGUCUACCUGGCGCGGAACGAGUACACUGGGGACCUCAUGGCCGUCAAAGAGAUCAUGUACGACGACGACUCGGCCGACGAGGUCAUCGCGAUUCAGCAAGAAGUGCUCGUGUUACGCUGCCUGCACCAUCCCAAUAUCGUCAAGUACAUGGGGAGCGAGUACGACGAGGCUGCGCGGACUCUCUACAUCUUUACGGAGUGGGUCCCCGGGGGUAGCCUCGAAGACAACACCAAGACGUUUGGGUGCUCGGAGCCUGUGGCGCAAACGUACGUUUACCAAAUCCUCCUCGGCAUUGCGUACUUGCACUCGAAGAACGUUGUGCACUACGACAUCAAGCCGAGCAAUAUUCUGAUCGACCAGCACGGGGGCGUCAAGCUGGCCGACUUUGGCGCUUCGCGCUUGCUCAACGCAAGCUCGGUCGCCCAAGGCAAGUCGCUGCGGGGCACGCCCUACUACAUGGCGCCCGAGGUCGUCAAGCAAGCCGGCACCAGCGUCAAAGUCGACAUUUGGAGCCUUGGGUGCUCGCUGGUCAAGAUGCUCACGGGCGUCCCGCUGUGGAAAAGCAUGAAGUUUCAGAGCCAAAUCGCGCUCUUCUUCCACAUUGCCAACCUCACGGCGCCCCCGGAGCUGCCCGCCUCCAUUUCGCCCGUCGCCAAGUCGUUCAUCACUGCGUGCUUGCAGGUGGCGCCCGAGGCGCGACCGUCGGCCGAAACGCUGCUCAAGCACCCGUUCAUUCAGCACCGACACUUCAACCAAGCCCCGACCCACGCCAUUUUGCACGAGAACUUGAAGGGCCGCGCCACAACGGCGGGCACGUCCAUGGGGCCGUCGCGACCGCAUGGUUGCGGAGACGCGCCGCCGCGGACCGCUGUCCCGCUCUUCCACCCGAGUCUUCACUAUGAUGCAUUUGCCAUGCACGAAGUCAAGACGCCGUCCCACGACCAAACCAAGGUCCAACAAGAGCCCAUGCACGAACCGAGCGCAAGCAAGCGCAUGGAGGACGAGAGCGAAGAGGAAGAUGAAGAAAAAGGCGCGAUGCCGAUGACCACAUCGAGUAGCGAGUCGGUGUUGCCGUCGCUGACGCCACCGAAGUCGGCGUCAAAGAAGAAGAAGAACUCGGACCCGACCGUGGCCUCGAUGAAGGCCACAUCGGCGCACACGCGGAGCACAUCGUUGGCGUCAUCCAAAGACCUCAAUGCCAACGCGGGCAACCGGCGCCACUCGCACGAUUUGGGUGCAGGCUCCGACGUUGUCAUGCCGCGCCUCACUGCCAAGGACGACCAUCACCCGCCAGUUGUAUCGUCGCCGCCCAAGAAGAAGCUCUAUGACGAGACGCCCAUCUUGUCGGACGUGGCCAAGCGCGAGCGCGACGCUGUCCUCGAGCGCGAGGCCCAGAAACGUAAGCUCAAGGAAGAGCAAGCGCGGCAGUGGCGCGAAGAGCAAGAGGCGUACCGGCGGUCGCUUGCGCCGGGCUAAUACUGCCAAAGGCAAACUCAUCCAACAGCGUUUUGGACCAAGUGCAAA